CAUUACAAACAUGUGUUGCGUAGAUAUAUCAUCCACUAUAUAAAUACUAAACACGCUAUUUCAACGUUAGCUGCCACGCAAUGCAUGUAGUCAGCAGGGUGAUUUUCUAGCUUCUGAAUUAGCUUGUUAAUUGUGAAACAAUGAAAUUAGCGUGGAUUUUGUUAAUUGCUUUUAUCAUUGUUUUCUUGUGUGAAAGGUCAGCAUCCAAUUCCUGCAAUCGUUCCACUGGUCUAAGGAAGACAAAAUGUACGAAAGGAACGCGGAUGAUUACUACGUACUACAGAGGCUGCGGAUGGUGGUGGCGGAAGAGAUGCAAAACGGGAACCAGGUACUGGAUCAAAACUACAUAUCAUACGUGUUACAAACGUUGUAGAGUGGAUGGAGGUUGGAGUAACUGGUCAAGUUGGAGUUCGUGGUCACACUGUCUAAAAUCCAAUGGUAACUCAUGCAUUGGCCGUCAGCAUAGAAAAAAACAUAGGAAUUGCAAUAGACCUACACCAAAAAAUGGCGGACGUUGUUAUGGAUCUCGAUGGUACUAUGUUAACAGAUCAUGUUCGAGGAAAGUUAAUGGAAAGUGGAGCUCUUGGGGACCUUGGAGAUACACUAGUGCCUGCUCUAAGACGUGUGGCCUGGGAUCAAGACUAAUAACGAGAAAACGGUCAUGCUCUAAUCCCAGACCGAAGUGUGGCGGGAGAUUCUGCUACGGAUUCCCCAAAAUGAACAAGAUGGGCAAAUGUUCUCUUGGCCAUUGUAAAGGAUGAACAACAGGACGCUGUGAUCUGCAAGAAUGAUCCAUCAUUACAAGAGCUCCUUAUAACAAAUCAGUAAUAAAAUGUUAUCAAAUAA